AUGACGGGAGGGAUCGAGCAUUUCGUAAGUGUGUGUUCGCGCGCGCACGUGUGUGUGGUUGCGGUGUUUUGGGGUUUGCCUCUCGGGGCCCCAGGCGCAGUAUGUGACAGUGUGUGUGCAACGGGAAUGAUGUCACUGCAGUUUGGUUUGGUGCACCGGACUAUAGCACGCCUGGCGCGCAUGUUGUUUUGGCCGCAUUAUAUAGGGGCCGCCUGUCCUGCGCAUAGCCUGCAAUAGCAGUGCUGUUGUUGUUUUGUUAGAGAAGCGUCCGCUGCUCUCUAGUCCCCACUCUCCAUCAGCCGGCCGGGGCCAGAGGGCGGGACCACAGUUCGUUUGGCUCGGCGUCUGGCGUUAAAUAGUCAGCAGCCGCCCUAGCGGAGCCUAGAAGGACUCAGAGCGUGCAUCCCAUCAUAAGCAACUGCCAGUAAUACUUCAUGUUGUAUACAUUUUUUAUGUAACCAUGUAAUGGACAUAGAGAGUCACUCAGCUCCUGCAUAAUGUGGAUUUGUUUUUUCUUCAUGUAGGGGCUAAUGCUUCCUGUUAUAGCCCUGUAUCUGGACAGACUUCCUGUUAUAGCCCUGUAUCUGGACAGAGUUCCUGUUACAACCCCUGUAUCUGGACAGACUUCCUGUUAUAGCCCUGUAUCUGGACAGAGUUCAGGUUAUAGCCCUGUAUCUGGACAGACUUCCUGUUAUAGCCCUGUAUCUGGACAGAGUUCAGGUUAUAGCCCUGUAUCUGGACAGAGUUCAGGUUAUAGCCCUGUAUCUGGACAUACUUCCUGUUAUAGCCCUGUAUCAGGACAGACUUCCUGUUAUAGCCCUGUAUCAGGACAGACUUCCUGUUAUAGCCCUGUAUCUGGACAGACUUCAGGUUAUAGCCCUGUAUCUGGACAGACUUCCUGUUAUAGCCCUGUAUCUGGACAGACUUCAGGUUAUAGCCCUGUAUCUGGACAGACUUCCUGUUAUAGCCCUGUAUCAGGACAUACUUCGUGUUAUAGCCCUGUAUCAGGACAGACUUCCUGUUAUAGCCCUGUAUCUGGACAGACUUCCUGUUAUAGCCCUGUAUCUGGACAGACUUCCUGUUAUAGCCCUGUAUCUGGACAGACUUCCUGUUAUAGCCCUGUAUCUGGACAGACUUCCUGUUAUAGCCCUGUAUCUGGACAGACCUCCUAUUAUAGCAAUGUAUCUGGACUGACAGACAGGUCUGAUCUACCCAUCUAUCGCUGGUUCUCUGUUCAGACACUCUCCUAUAGCCCACCCUGGCAGAGCUGUAGGGGCCCCCCUCCCUGAUCUUCAAUAUCCCAACUAACAAACCCAUUUCACCCAUCUCCCUCACACACGCACACACACACACACUGACAGAUGAGAUCCUGUUACCAUGCCGAUCAAUACUGCUAUCAGCAGGGGGAGACACACACACAGGGGGUAGUAAAUAGGGGUGGCCAAUCCUGGAAAGAUCAUCGGUGUGCCAAGGCUUUAGUUCAGGAGGCUAACACAGUCUUGUAGCACACGGGAUCAAACCCCGGUCAGUUACGCCUGUGUGAUUCACUUACGUCUGUGUGUGUGUGUGUGGAACUAGAGCAGUAGUUUUUGCUGUAACACUCCUACUUGGUCUCCUGACCUUGAAUGUGUUAUCUCUCUCUCUCUGUGUUCUACUGUUCUGAAGGUGUUAUCUCUCUGUGUUCUACUGUUCUGAAGGUGUUAUAUCUUUCUCUGUGUUCUACUGUUCUGAAGGUGUUAUCUCUCUGUGUUCUACUGUUCUGAAGGUGUUAUCUCUCUCUGUGUUCUACUGUUCUGAAGGUGUUAUCUCUCUCUUUGUGUUCUACUGUUCUGAAGGUGUUAUCUCUGUGUUCUACUGUUCUGAAGGCGUUAUCUCUCUCUGUGUUCUACUGUUCUGAAGGUGUUAUCUUGCUCUCUGUGUUCUAAUGUUCUGAAGGUGUUCUCUCUCUCUGUGUUCUACUGUUCUGAAGGUGUUAUCUCUCUCUGUGUUCUACUUCUGCUGGCUGUUCACUGACCUCAUAUCUACAACAUCUACCAUAUAAUAUACAGUAUAUCUACCUUUGAACAGUAUUAUGGUAAUAAUGUGGCAAUGUGGCUAAAUGGGUUAGGUUAAUAACCUGUGUGUGUGUCUGUCUACAGCAUGUAUGGAGUGAGAGUGAGGACUGCCUGCCGUUCCUCCAGCUAGCUCAGGACUACAUCUCUUCCUGUGGGAAGAAAACACUGCUAGAGGUCCUGGACAAAGUGUUCACUUCCUUUAGACCU